AUGGGAAUCUUUUGUAAAAUAGGCGUUGUGGAAGAGAAAAAUGAGUUCACCCCAGGAAGUGUUGUCAGUGGGGCUAUCAAAUACGCUUUCGAUAAAAACACUGUUGUCAAAAAAAUAGUUAUAUCAUUAAAGGGCCGUGGUCAUUUAAGAAUGAUUGAAGGUUCUGAAAAAAAGACAUUUGCGAAGUCAGAAGAGUACGUUUCCAUUGAGAAUGUCAUUUUGAAUGAUGUUGAUGGAAAACACCUUGAAAUUGGAGAAUAUGAUACACCGUUUAAUUUCAUACUACCAGAAAACAUCCCGGCGUCCCUAAAUUACAUAAAUUAUGGCAGUGAUGAAAUAAAAUGCAAAAUUGCUUACUUCAUUAGAAUAAAAUUCGAGGUUGCAGGUUUUCUAAAAUUUAACAAAAAAUUCGAAAAAGAAAUAAAUGUUGUUUCCGUUCUGAAACCAAAGCUGUCAAUGGAACCAGUGAUAUAUGGCGAAAGGAAGCAGUUUUUCCAGCCCUUCAAAUUGAAAAAAGGUUUUGUAAAUGUAAAAGCCUGCAUAAAAUGCUCUGUGCUCGAACCUGGUGGCAAAGUAGAGAUCGCUUAUGAAGUUCUGAAUGAUUCUAAUAAAAUAGUUACAGCUAUUGAAACUAAAUUAGUGACCAUUUACAAAUUCUACUACACUGAAAAGGCAAAUAAAAAAAGACUGGAAGAUGUGGAGAACACUGAAUCCAAGACAUUAGCAAUUAAACCUGGUGAAACAUCAGAAUCGUCUUUUGAAAUAGAAAUACCAUUAGAUUUGUAUUGCAUAGGAGAUUCUAAACUAGUUUCUAGGGACUAUUCUGUGGCUAUAAUAGCAUGCCUGCCGACGCCUCAUGUGGACGUGCGGCUUGAAAUACCGAUACAGGUGGGCAAGACAUCUGUAGUACACCCUGUAUCAAAUAUUGACGGCAGCUCCGUAGAACAUGAUUCACCACCGUCCUACUGGGAAGCAAUGAACGUUGCAAAUGAAAAGGGUGCUUUGUCUGACGACGGAUUUGUUGAGUAUGUGAAAAAGUGA